GCCUGCGUACAGAGCGUGCGGCGAGUCCGUGUCGUCAUGUCCUGGCGUAGUCGCGUCGCCGUAAUAUCGAGGCAGCCUUGCAGCGAGGCGGCGCAAGUCGAUUCUCGAUUCGCGUGAUCCGUCCGUCCCAUUCGUUAAGCCCCCGAUCGAGACGUGUGUCGUGUCGAUGCCUUUGUUCGCGACCGGGAGGAGGACGGGCGCGGAUUGUCGUCGUGAGAUCACACGAAGAGGACGUGCACGAGGACGAAAAGGAGCCUUGUUUCCUUAGCCCAGCGCUAGACAAGUGAAGUGUUCAUACAUACAUACAUACGCGCAAAGUAGAAAGAGUGAUAUAAUCUGUCUCUUUCUGUAACUCUGUGGUGUGUGUCUCUCUUUCUCACUUACUCUUAUUUCACACACUUACACACACACGCGCACACACACACGCAUACUCUCGCUCUCCUUCUCUCUCACUUUCUGUCUCCUUCAUCUCGGUCUUUUGUCUCUGUCACUCUCUCCGUCCGAUCUCGGGGGGUGAAACGGAACUCCACACCCCGGUGCGGUCCUGGAUACGUCUAGGAGGAGGAAGUGGCGACGUCGUAGAAGGAGUCGCGGAGAAGCCGACGUGAUGCGCGAGUUCAAGGUGGUGGUCCUCGGCUCGGGCGGGGUGGGCAAGAGCGCGCUCACCGUGCAAUUCGUAUCCGGCUGCUUCAUGGAGAAGUAUGACCCGACGAUCGAGGACUUUUACCGGAAGGAGAUCGAGGUGGACAAUUCGCCGUGCGUGCUCGAGAUCCUCGACACAGCCGGCACCGAGCAGUUCGCGUCGAUGCGCGAUCUCUACAUCAAGAACGGUCAAGGCUUUGUCGUGGUUUACAGUCUGACGAAUCAUCAGACCUUCCAGGACAUCAAGGCGAUGAAGGAGUUGAUCACGCGCGUCAAAGGCACGGAACGCGUGCCCGUGUUGUUGGUGGCGAAUAAGCUCGACCUGGAGCAUCAGCGGGAGGUCGGCACCGAGGAGGGCCAUCAGCUCGCACAGCUCUGGGGCUGUCCGUUCGUCGAGGCGAGCGCAAAGAACCGCACCAACGUCAACGAGAUGUUCGCCGAGAUCGUGCGCGAGAUGAACUUCAGCCCGGAGAAAGAGAAGAAGACCUACUGCUGUUGCAGUGUCCUCUAAUACUUAAUCAAAACCGUUUUGGCCUGGAUUUAUUAUUUACUCGCAGACCAAACUAGAUAAAGGAGAAUGUGUAUAGUGUUUUUUUUGCUAAAGAGCUCGAUGUGUGUGUGUGUGUCUACAUGGGAAUUCUGUCUCCGAGUGAAUUUUUCCUGACCCUGGAUCGUGCUGAGGGCAAAAUUUUAUUAGUGUACAGUGAGAGAGACUUGUUCUGGCGCAAACCUUGGCACAUCUUGACAUCUUGGAGAAUCAUUCGAGAGAUCUUCUGGAGAAUUUCUUGCUCGUGGAACGUGCUGUGCAUCUUUAUCAAGAUUGACUUACAUUGAACUCCGUACGAAUUUCUCGAUGGAUACUGUGUGGUUCUCCUUUUUUUUUUUUUUUUUAACUCACGAAAGACCGUCCUGCAGGUGGCGGCCGGUUGAACACAGCUAUUUUAUUAUACAUGAAUAGUAUUAUGUAUGUAAUAUUAUUGUAAUAUAUAUAUACAUAUAUAUAUAUAAAUAUAAUAUAAGAGUAGGUUUUUAAGAAAGAGCAAAAAAAAAAGCGAGCAAAAGGUUAAUCCUUUUCCUUCGCAAAAGGACCAAUACUCUCUGCUCGCGUGGAGGAAGGUGUUGAAAAAAUACCGAUCAACCAAAACCAAACUCGAUAUCGGCUUUCUGCUCAAUUUAGACAGAAUUGUCGCACGCAGGUCAUUGUACUGGUUCAAACAAAUUUUAGGGUGCUGAAGUGUUUGCAAGCAUUUUGAAGAGAUAUAUCACUGUGAUGGUCGACUGUUCUAGCAUGAUGAUUCAGUGAUAAGAAGCCAAUUAAUACGCCGAGCGAGGGAAUCGGAGAUAUAUAGAAUAAAAGUGCGGUACGGUUUGGAAAAUACUCUAUUCUGUGCAAUUGUUCUGUGUUAAUUUAAGCUAAGGAGGCUGAUCGGUGGGCAAAACGUCGAAUGAUAAACGUUGUUCUUUUUUUUUUUUUUGUACAAGGCAUUGUCAGUUACACUGAGAUGUAGAAGAGUGUUUUGUCUGAUUUCAUGAUCAUGUGAGAUGUCUUUUUUGCUCUAAAAGAAAAAAAAAGUCGAUUUUACAUUCAAACUUAGUUCUCUGAGAUUUGUUUUUUUUUUCUGAACCGACGAGAAUUUAUUUCUCUGAAACAUUUUUACAAGAGUAUCGUAAGACAUUUCAAAUGGUCGAACAAUCCCUGUGCACAUUGAUAAUAUUACAAUGUGUACAAGGUACACACAUAUACUUUUAAACUGUUUUGUACUUGUGCGCAGGGAAAAAAACAAAAAGAAACACCUGAAAACUGAAAUUUUUACGUGCGACAUCUCUUGUAGUAGUUAACACACGUAACCCCCAGCUGUUGUGAGAUUUCUUGUGAUCUGUUGUCUAGCAAAAAAAAAAAAAAUAUUAAUACCUUUUACUUUUCAUCAUCUGCUUUUAACGUCUGUUUUCGAGUCUGUUCAAUGCGAGACCGUGAACUAAGCAACAAUAAUUGCAAAAUCGAAUUUUAAUAAACCAAAGGUCUUAGUAGGCCUUUAGUUUGCUUAAAUUCAAGGUGACAAAUUAUUAUUGCACGAUGCGACAGACAUAUUAAAAAACAAAAAACACAAAAAAACGGUUUCGUAAAACUAGCUGAUAACGUAAUAAUAAUAAUAACGUCAAUCUAAACCUGUAAUUUGUAAGCUUUGUACGGUAAAAAGUUUGUACUAUAUAGGCCGCAAGACUGCACAUCACUGAUCACUGUGGGAUUGAUGAUCUUUUAACGAGUAAUCUUAUCAAUGGAAAAAAAAAAAAGAAAGAAAAUAAACAAGCAUAAUAGUUCGUCUAUAGUAACAGAAUCGUGAAAAGCAAACCUGAUGAACUUCUAAUUUCACGCCGAGAUUGUUUCAAUCGCAGACUCGCGCGUACGUGGUAAAUAUCCCAUCGCUGAUAACGACAGCGCCGAACGAACGUGAAAGGUAUCAUAACGGCAGAAUUUCUAACUGUUUUCAGGAAUAUCUCUCUCAUAUCUGAAAAAUUUACAGAGUUCUGUAAGAAACUUUUUUUUUGUUAAAACUGUGCUUUACAACACUUUGUAUCCAUCGCAUAACAUACGGAAGAUAUUUUGUAGUAGAAAAAAAACAAAAAAAAAAAAAGCGAUAUUAUAAUACUUUUCACCGCUGUUGUUGCUCUCGAGAAGAGAAAACAUCUGCAGAAUCUCUCCUCACCGUUUCUCUUUUUUUUUUUUUUUUGGUCCGAAAUUGUUGAUUUCGUGAAUGUGAAAAUCAAGUCUCGGUGAAUGUGAAGAAACUGUGGAUGUUUUCUUUUGAUUUCUUGCAAAUGUUGACUUGAGUGAGAUUGAUGGAACCAAACGUUUAAAAAAAAAAAAAAAAAAAA